AGUAAGCUCAGCUCAGUCAGCUCAGUCCUCUUCACUUCACUCCUCCAUUUCUCUCUCUCUCUCUCUCUCUCUCAAUUCUAAACCCUCUCAUUUCUCUCCUAAAACCCUCUCUUUCUCUCUCUGAAAAUGGCAUCGAUCAACUUCAACAACCCCUUCGAAAACUGGUUCAACAAACCCCAAAACCCAAUCUCUCCAAUCAACCUCCUCUCACUCACCCAAUCAAUCUCACCCAAACAAACCCCUCCAAACUUCGCUUCCAUCUCAAACCCCUUCAAAUCCAAAAAACCCAAACCCCAACCCCGAAACCCGGACGAACCCGGCCCAAUGCGCCAAAUGGUGGACCAAUUCUUGUGGGAAUGCGAAAAUAUCCCCGAUUACCGUCACACCCCAGAAGUCGAAAAGAUCCUAAACUCCGACCCGAUUUUCGAACACAAAGAAAACCCGACCCCGGAAGAGAUCCGAGAAAACGAGGAGUUCUGGGCUCGGUUCCGGGCCAGCCCGGUGGUCCAAUUCUUAGCCCGAGCGGAAGAGAUAGCCGACAAGAUAAACGAGAUGGAGUUGAAGGAAAACGACACGCCGUAUAGGAAAGAGGAUAAGAAGCUUUGGCAAGCGGUACCGCACGUGAUAGGUUUGGAUGGGAGGCCUAUGGUGAGGAAAGCUAUUAAGACGAAGAAGGAAUCAGAUGACAAGUUUUGGGAUUUUGCUAGACAGUUCUUUUUUGGGCUUUGGGGUUUUAGACAAAGGCCUUACCCACCGGGUCGGCCCAUUGAUGUUGCUCAGGCUGUUGGGUAUAAGAGGCUUGAGAAGCGUUACUAUGAUUUUAUCAUGAGGAGUGGAGGAUGGUGGUACAAGGAUCGUUUGGGGCGGACACGGGGACCGUGUGAGUUAAUACAACUUAAAACGGCAUGGGGUGGUGGGAUUAUUGAUAAGCACACUUUCAUUUGGGGUGACGACAUGGAUGAGUGGGCACCAAUUCACAUGGUUUAUGGCUUGGAACGUGCAAUUGCCACUUGGGAAGUUAGACUCGGUGCUGCUGCAACAGCUUUUAUUCACAAACUACAGAAAGGGAUACCUCCAUGGGUUCCACUAAAAGGGCAUGAGAAGAAAACUUAUAAGCAGCUCCAACAAGAGGCUGUAGAGAGCAAGAGACGUGAUUUAGCAGUACUGGAAGCUAAUGACGGUGUUUGGCCAGGGGUUAGAAUUCCUAGUCAUGCCCUAUUUCUUUGGGCUAGUGGCUCUGAACUGACUACAAUUUUGGAAGAGGAUGACCACAUGCCAAACAAAUACAUACCAAAAGAUGUUAGAAAACAAUUGCAACAAAUUAUCCCUGGGUUAAGGCCUUGGGAGGUUUUAAGCAUAGAACAAGCAAUGGAUCAGAUUACAUAUGGUGGGGAGUGGUAUCGUGAACCUCUUGGUUCAUACACAACCGGUCCACCAUACAUCAGGCAUUGGAAUAAGGACGUCAAGAGGUUGUUUAAGAUUUUCUCCGACCUUAGCAACGAAGUGUACAGCAAAUUGGAGGAGACAAUUCCUGGUUUCGAUAAAGUAAUGGAGAAGGUCCAAGCUGAUGUUGAUGCGAGGCAAGCCAAAAGAAAAGAGAGGAGGGAGGCACAGAAGCAAGCUGAGAAGAUGGACUUGUACAGUCGACCUCGGUUCCCAUAGCAUCAUGAUGAUCUCAUAAUUCUGCAGAUUUUAUGGUAAUGCCCUUACAAUCCCACCUGCCCUUCAUUUGGCAACUUACGUACUGACCAAUCUUCUUUUUGCUGUAAAAAUAAUGUUUUGUCUCUUCAAAAUAGAUGUGUUUAAUGUACUUCAUGUGGGACACUUGGACUGCUGAUGAUGUUAAUUCAAGGUUAUACUUCUGUUUUGCA